CUUGUCUUUCCUCAUAAAGCUUCAAGCUCUGACUCUCAUCAAGGUUACAUCUGUAGAGGCAGGGUCCCUAACAGGGCUGCCACCAAUAACGUGCAGCCAUGAGUUCUGAUGCUGAGAUGGCCAUUUUUGGGGAUGCUGCUCCUUACCUCCGAAAGUCUGAAAAAGAGCGCAUUGAAGCUCAGAAUAAGCCUUUUGAUGCCAAGUCAUCAGUCUUUGUGGUGGAUGCUAAGGAGUCCUUUGUAAAAGCAACUGUGCAAAGCAGGGAAUCAGGGAAGGUGACAGUCAAGACUGAAGGUGGAACUACCGUUACGGUGAAAGAUGACCAAGUCUUUCCAAUGAACCCUCCCAAAUAUGACAAGAUCGAAGACAUGGCCAUGAUGACUCACCUGCAUGAGCCUGCUGUGCUGUAUAACCUCAAAGAGCGCUAUGCAGCCUGGAUGAUCUAUACAUACUCAGGCCUAUUCUGUGUCACUGUCAACCCCUACAAGUGGCUGCCAGUGUACAAUGCAGAGGUGGUGACAGCUUACCGAGGCAAAAAGCGCCAGGAGGCUCCACCCCACAUCUUCUCCAUCUCUGACAACGCCUACCAGUUCAUGCUGACAGAUCGGGAGAAUCAGUCUAUCUUAAUCACUGGAGAGUCUGGUGCCGGGAAGACUGUGAACACCAAGCGUGUCAUCCAGUACUUUGCAACAAUUGCAGUCACUGGUGAGAAGAAGAAGGAGGAAGCAUCCUCUGGCAAAAUGCAGGGGACUCUGGAAGAUCAAAUCAUCAGUGCCAACCCCCUGCUGGAGGCCUUUGGCAACGCCAAGACUGUGAGGAAUGACAACUCCUCUCGCUUUGGUAAAUUCAUCAGAAUCCACUUUGGUACCACAGGGAAACUGGCUUCUGCUGAUAUUGAGACAUAUCUUCUGGAGAAGUCCAGAGUCACUUUCCAGCUGAAGGCAGAGAGAAGCUACCAUAUCUUUUAUCAGAUUAUGUCUAACAAGAAGCCAGAUCUGAUUGAAAUGCUGCUGAUUACUACCAAUCCAUAUGACUAUGCCUUCGUCAGUCAGGGGGAGAUCACAGUCCCUAGCAUUGAUGACCAAGAAGAGCUGAUGGCCACUGAUAGUGCCAUUGACAUUCUGGGUUUCACUUCUGAUGAAAGAGUGUCCAUCUAUAAACUCACAGGUGCUGUGAUGCAUUAUGGAAAUAUGAAGUUCAAGCAAAAGCAGCGUGAGGAGCAAGCGGAGCCAGAUGGAACUGAAGUUGCUGACAAGGCAGCCUAUCUUCAGAGUCUGAACUCUGCUGACCUGCUCAAAGCCCUCUGCUAUCCCAGGGUCAAGGUUGGCAAUGAGUAUGUUACCAAAGGCCAGACAGUGCAGCAGGUAAGUGAGUCACCCAAUGAAUUAUGCACCUCCCAGGUCUUCACUACAUCUUUAAUAACACCAACAAUCAUUACUAUAUUUGCAAAGGUGUACAAUUCAGUGGGGGCCCUGGCAAAGGCCGUCUAUGAGAAGAUGUUCCUGUGGAUGGUCACCCGCAUCAACCAGCAGCUGGACACCAAGCAGCCCAGGCAGUACUUCAUUGGGGUCUUGGACAUUGCCGGCUUUGAGAUCUUUGAUUUCAACAGCUUGGAGCAGCUGUGCAUCAAUUUCACCAAUGAGAAACUGCAACAGUUUUUCAACCACCACAUGUUUGUGCUGGAGCAGGAGGAGUACAAGAAGGAAGGCAUUGAAUGGGAGUUCAUUGACUUUGGGAUGGACCUGGCGGCCUGCAUCGAGCUCAUUGAAAAGCCAAUGGGCAUCUUCUCCAUCCUGGAAGAGGAGUGCAUGUUCCCCAAGGCAACAGACACCUCCUUCAAGAACAAGCUCUACGAACAGCACUUGGGCAAGUCCAACAACUUCCAGAAGCCCAAGCCUGCCAAAGGCAAGGCCGAGGCCCACUUCUCACUGGUACACUAUGCGGGCACUGUGGACUACAACAUUGCUGGCUGGCUGGACAAGAACAAGGACCCCCUGAAUGAGACUGUGGUGGGGCUCUACCAGAAGUCUUCAAUGAAAACUCUAGCUUUCCUGUUUUCUGGUGCUGCUGCUGCGGCUGAAGCAGAGGCUGGUGGUGGUGGAAAGAAAGGUGCUAAGAAGAAGGGUUCCUCUUUCCAGACUGUGUCAGCUCUUUUCAGGGAAAAUUUAAAUAAACUGAUGACCAAUUUGAGGAGCACUCACCCCCACUUUGUGCGAUGUAUCAUCCCCAAUGAAACUAAGACUCCAGGUGCCAUGGAGCACGAACUCGUCCUGCACCAGCUGCGGUGUAAUGGCGUGCUGGAAGGCAUCCGCAUCUGCAGGAAAGGAUUCCCAAGCAGGAUCAUUUAUGCAGACUUCAAGCAGAGAUACAAGGUGUUAAAUGCAAGUGCCAUUCCUGAAGGACAGUUCAUAGAUAGCAAAAAGGCUUCUGAGAAGCUCCUUGGGUCCAUUGACAUUGACCACACCCAGUAUAAGUUUGGUCACACUAAGGUCUUUUUCAAAGCUGGCCUUCUAGGGCUCCUAGAGGAGAUGAGAGAUGAUAAGUUGGCCCAAUUGAUUACCCGAACCCAGGCCAUGUGCAGAGGGUACUUGGCAAGAGUGGAGUACCAGAAGAUGGUGGAGAGAAGAGAAUCCAUCUUCUGCAUCCAGUACAAUGUCCGCGCCUUCAUGAAUGUCAAGCACUGGCCCUGGAUGAAGUUGUACUUCAAGAUCAAACCCCUUCUCAAGAGUGCAGAGACCGAGAAGGAGAUGGCCAACAUGAAGGAAGAAUUUGAAAAAACUAAAGAAAACCUUGCAAAGGCUGAGGCCAAAAGGAAAGAACUGGAAGAAAAGAUGGUAGCUCUGAUGCAAGAGAAAAAUGACCUGCAACUCCAGGUUCAAUCUGAAGCAGAUAGCCUGGCUGAUGCAGAGGAAAGAUGUGAUCAGCUAAUCAAAACCAAAAUUCAGCUGGAGGCCAAAAUCAAAGAGGUCACAGAGAGAGCUGAGGAUGAGGAAGAGAUCAAUGCUGAGCUGACCGCCAAGAAGAGGAAGCUGGAGGAUGAGUGCUCAGAACUGAAGAAAGACAUCGACGACCUGGAGCUGACACUGGCCAAGGUUGAAAAGGAGAAACAUGCCACAGAGAACAAGGUGAAAAACCUUACAGAAGAGAUGGCAGGCCUGGAUGAGACCAUUGCUAAGCUGACCAAGGAGAAGAAGGCUCUCCAAGAGGCCCACCAGCAGACCCUGGAUGACCUUCAGGCAGAGGAGGACAAAGUCAACACCCUGACCAAAGCUAAAAUCAAGCUUGAACAACAAGUGGAUGAUCUUGAAGGUUCUUUGGAACAAGAAAAGAAAAUUCGAAUGGAUCUAGAAAGAGCAAAGAGGAAGCUGGAGGGAGACCUGAAAUUGGCCCAAGAGUCCACAAUGGAUGUAGAAAACGACAAGCAACAACUUGAUGAAAAGCUGAAAAAGAAAGAGUUUGAAAUGAGCAAUCUGCAAAGUAAGAUUGAAGAUGAACAAGCCCUUGGGAUGCAACUACAGAAGAAGAUCAAGGAGUUACAAGCCCGCAUUGAGGAGCUGGAGGAGGAAAUCGAGGCAGAGCGGGCCUCCAGGGCCAAAGCAGAGAAGCAGCGCUCUGACCUCUCCAGGGAACUGGAGGAGAUCAGCGAGAGGCUGGAAGAGGCCGGUGGGGCCACUUCUGCCCAGAUAGAGUUGAACAAGAAGCGGGAGGCUGAGUUCCAGAAAAUGCGCAGGGACCUGGAGGAGGCCACCCUGCAGCAUGAAGCCACAGCCGCCACUCUGAGAAAGAAGCAUGCAGACAGUGUGGCAGAGCUCGGGGAACAGAUUGACAACCUGCAAAGGGUCAAGCAGAAGCUGGAGAAGGAGAAGAGUGAGAUGAAGAUGGAGAUCGAUGACCUUGCAAGUAACAUGGACACAGUCUCCAAAGCCAAGGGAAACCUGGAGAAGAUGUGCCGUACACUAGAAGAUCAAGUGAGUGAACUGAAGACCAAAGAAGAGGAGCAGCAGCGCCUGAUCAAUGAACUUACAGCACAGAGAGGGCGCUUGCAGACAGAGUCAGGUGAAUAUUCACGCCAGUUAGAUGAAAAAGACUCAUUAGUAUCUCAGCUCUCGAGGGGUAAGCAAGCAUUUACACAACAGAUUGAGGAACUGAAAAGGCAGCUUGAAGAGGAGGUAAAGGCUAAGAGUGCCCUGGCCCACGCCCUGCAGUCCUCCCGCCACGACUGCGACCUGCUUCGGGAGCAGUAUGAGGAGGAGCAGGAAGCCAAGGCUGAGCUGCAGAGGGCCAUGUCCAAGGCUAACAGUGAGGUUGCCCAGUGGAGGACCAAAUAUGAGACGGACGCCAUCCAGCGCACAGAGGAGCUGGAGGAGGCCAAGAAGAAGCUAGCCCAGCGUCUGCAGGAUGCUGAGGAACAUGUAGAAGCUGUGAAUGCCAAAUGUGCUUCCCUAGAGAAGACAAAGCAGCGGCUCCAGAAUGAAGUGGAGGACCUCAUGAUUGAUGUGGAGAGAACUAAUGCUGCCUGCGCUGCUCUGGAUAAAAAGCAAAGGAACUUUGAUAAGAUCCUGGCAGAAUGGAAACAAAAGUAUGAAGAAACACAUGCUGAACUUGAAGCUUCUCAAAAGGAGUCCCGCUCACUCAGCACAGAACUGUUCAAGAUUAAGAAUGCUUAUGAGGAAUCCUUAGACCAUCUUGAAACCUUAAAGAGGGAAAAUAAGAACUUGCAACAGGAGAUUUCUGACCUCACUGAACAGAUUGCAGAAGGAGGGAAACGUAUACAUGAACUGGAAAAAAUUAAGAAGCAAAUUGAGCAAGAAAAGUCGGAGCUUCAGGCUGCUUUAGAAGAGGCAGAGGCAUCUCUUGAACAUGAAGAAGGAAAGAUCCUACGCAUCCAGCUUGAGCUGAACCAAGUCAAGUCUGAAAUUGACAGGAAAAUUGCUGAGAAGGAUGAGGAAAUUGACCAGCUGAAGAGAAAUCACAUCAGAGUGGUGGAGUCCAUGCAGAGCACACUGGAUGCUGAGAUCAGGAGCAGAAAUGAUGCCAUCAGGAUCAAGAAGAAAAUGGAGGGAGACCUCAAUGAAAUGGAAAUCCAGCUCAACCACUCCAACCGCAUGGCUGCUGAGGCCCUGAGGAACUACAGGAACACACAAGGCAUCCUCAAGGACACGCAGCUGCACCUGGACGAUGCUCUCCGGGGCCAGGAGGACCUGAAGGAGCAGCUGGCCAUGGUGGAGCGCAGAGCCAACCUGCUGCAGGCUGAGAUUGAGGAGCUGCGGGCCACGCUGGAGCAGACAGAGAGGAGCAGGAAAAUUGCAGAGCAGGAGCUCCUGGAUGCCAGUGAGCGUGUUCAGCUCCUCCAUACCCAGAACACCAGCCUGAUCAACACCAAGAAGAAGCUGGAGACUGACAUCUCCCAAAUCCAGGGAGAGAUGGAGGACAUUGUGCAGGAAGCCCGCAAUGCAGAGGAGAAGGCCAAGAAGGCCAUCACUGAUGCUGCCAUGAUGGCUGAGGAGCUAAAGAAGGAGCAGGACACCAGUGCCCACCUAGAGCGGAUGAAGAAGAACCUGGAGCAGACAGUGAAGGACCUGCAGCACCGUCUGGAUGAGGCUGAGCAGCUGGCACUGAAAGGUGGCAAGAAGCAGAUCCAGAAACUGGAGGCCAGGGUCCGUGAACUUGAAGGAGAAGUUGAAAGCGAACAGAAGCGCAAUGCUGAGACUAUCAAAGGCCUGCGUAAACAUGAGAGAAGAGUAAAGGAGCUCACUUACCAGACUGAGGAAGACCGCAAGAAUGUUCUGAGGCUCCAGGACCUUGUAGACAAGCUACAAUCGAAGGUGAAAGCGUACAAGAGACAAGCCGAAGAAGCGGAGGAACAAUCCAAUGUCAACCUCGCCAAGUUCCGCAAGAUUCAGCAUGAGCUAGAAGAAGCCGAGGAGCGGGCUGACAUCGCAGAAUCCCAGGUCAACAAGCUUCGGGUGAAGAGCCGAGAAGUUCACACCAAAAUCAUAAGUGAAGAGUAAUUCAUUCUACUGCUGAGAGUGACAAAAGAAAUGCACAAAAUGUGAACAUCUUUGUCACUCUGUUUUAUACUAACAAUUUUGGGAGAUAAAAAAUUUAUCUACCAAGAA